CAAGGCCAGAGUUGGAAUGCCUAGGGGGUCCUCACCCUAGAUCUCCCUUCGCUGCCCUAAGCAACUUUCAAGGGUCGACAGGAAUAUCCUAGAUUCUCUCCUUCCUCAAGUUUCAUUCUGUUUAUGAUUAUCCCCUCUUUGUCGCCUUUGCCAUGAUUUCCUGAACAUCCUGCUGCGCUUACAAAUACGCUGGUUUUCUCCUGAUGCGGUGUGUUGCAGUCGGCGACCUAUUACCCAUUCACCGACCUCUGCCUUUCACCGUGACAUCAUUCUACAGGUUCGAUUUGGUUCAUUAAGCUAUUGCAGUAAUGAUUAUAUCAGUCCAGAUUGCAGUUGCUGCUAUUCAAUGGAGUACGCAUAUUAAAACCGUAGUUCAGUAACUGCACGUCGAAUGUGUUGAUGUAGCGUGUGGAUGCUUUCCCCCACAACAUUGUGACCCUCGCCACGAGGCCCCCGCCGCCAUGAUCCCCCUCAUACCAUGAGCUGUCCUACGGACUCAUCUACGUAGCGAAAGGAUUUGGUGCCUCGAUAAAAUCACAAUCGUAGAAACUUGGGAGCUAAUCCCGAAAAGAGCUGGUGAGAUAUUCGAAGAUGGCAGGGAUUACUGCAGUGUACGUGGACGACAUGUCGUCAGAGAGAGAGGGUCGGCGAUGUUUUCCACAGCUGCUUGGAUACGAAGGAGAUGAUUUGGAAUCCAGUCCUUCAACCUCUGAGAGCUCUAGGAGAUGGAGGAGGGCGACUUUGGUUUUGAAUGCUACCCGAAGAUUUCGGAGAUUUCCGUUGCAGAAGAGGGCGAGAACCCGAUUCAGAGUGUGCGCUCACACCAUUUGUGCCGUCGGGCGCUUGCAGAGGGCAAUCCACAACAAAAUACGUCCCUCGGAUGUGACUCCAGGUGCGCAUGGAGUGUCGGUCGAAGAUCUCAGUCAGUUACUUCAGGACCGUCAAGUGGAGGACUUGGAAAGGUUGGGUGGAGUUGAAGGUCUGGCGCAGAAACUGCACACCGACACGGAGUAUGGGCUGGAUGAAUCGGAGGAGCUGUUCAACAAAAGGCGGGAGACUUACGGUGCUAAUACGUAUCCGAAGAAGAAAUCUAAAGGCUUCUGGUCGUAUGUUUGGGAUGCUUGCCAGGACACCACCCUCAACAUUCUGAUGGCUUGCGCGGUUGUAUCAUUAGCCACAGGCAUCUGGACCGAGGGUGUAAAGGAGGGAUGGUAUGAGGGGACCAGCAUUGGGAUAGCUGUGCUUCUUGUAAUUGUUGUUACAGCCGUGAGCGAUUACAAGCAAGGCUUGAAUUUUCAGAACUUGAAUGCUGAGAAGGAGAACAUCAAACUAGAGGUUCUAAGAGCCGGGCGAAGACAGACUGUCUCCAUUUUUGACCUUGUCGUGGGCGACAUCGUUCCAUUGUCUAUCGGAUGUCAGGUUCCUGCAGAUGGUGUUGUCGUCGAAGGACACUCUCUAUCAAUCGAUGAGUCCACCAUGACCGGAGAGAGCUUGCCCGUGAAAAAAGACAAGUCUAGGCCAUUUCUUCUCUCCGGAUGCAAAGUGCAAGAUGGGCAAGGCACUAUGUUAGUGACCGGGGUGGGUCUCAAUACCGAGUGGGGCCAGGUCAUGGCCUCAAUUAGCGAGGACAAUGGCGAGCUCACUCCUCUGCAGGUUCGCUUGAAUGGUGCUGCCACCUUGAUCGGGAAAGUGGGUUUGUUAGUUGCGGCUGUUGUGCUGGUUAUCUUAAUCAUCCGGUAUUUCGCUAUUACAUUCAGAAAAGCCACCUCGAAAGAGAGAAGAGCCGGUGAGGUUAUCAAGGAAUUGGUGCACGUAUUCUCCAUUGCGGUGACGAUUGUGGUGGUGGCUGUGCCCGAGGGUUUGCCUUUGGCAGUAACGCUCACAUUGGCCUACUCCAUGCGCAAGAUGAUGGCUGACAAGUCUUUAGUUCGUGUUCUCGCCGCUUGUGAGACCAUGGGAUCGGCUACCACCAUCUGUAGUGAUAAGACUGGGACACUCACUACCAAUAAGAUGACCGUCACCCGGGCGUGUGUGGGCGGAGAGACGAAAGGGGAGGAGUCACUGAGGUUGGAGUCUCUGCCUUCCAACUUGCGCCAAAUGCUUGUACAAUCUAUCUGUCUUAACAGUAACGGCAACGUAUCUCCGUCUAAAGCCGGAGAAGAACCUACUGUAACAGGCAGUCCCACGGAAGCAGCUCUCUUGACUUGGGGGGUUAAAAUAGGAAUGGACUUUAGAGAUGUCAGGCACCAAAACCAGAUUCUGCACGUGGAGACGUUCAAUUCGGAGAAGAAACGCGCAGGUGUGGUGUUCAAAACAGCUGAUGGACAUGUGCAACUGCACUGGAAGGGAGCUGCUGAAAUUAUCCUUGAAUUGUGCACCCAUUGGUUCGACGCUCGUGGUGAAUCUCACCCCAUGACCGACGAGAAGUGCAAGGAAUUUAGAGAUAUAAUCGAGGGGAUGGCUGCGCAGGCAUUGCGGUGCAUUGCCCUUGCUUAUCGAUCCAUCGAUGAAUUGGAGGUACCGCAGAGCGAAGAGGAUCGUUCGGAAUGGAAGGUUCCGGACCAGGGUCUCGGGCUUGUAGCCGUGGCGGGCAUCAAGGAUCCUUGCAGGCCUGGAGUACGUGAUGCUGUGGAGCGUUGCCAAAGGGCUGGUGUCAAGGUCCGCAUGGUGACUGGAGACAACAUCUACACUGCUAAAGCCAUCGCUGCCGAGUGUGGGAUUUUGACCGAAGGUGGGCUAGUAGUAGAGGGUCGGGACUUUCGCAAUUGGGAUGACAGAAGGCUAGCCAGCACAGACUUGGAUAACCUGGUGGUAAUGGCAAGGUCCUCACCACUAGACAAGCUGAAGCUUGUGAAAGCUUUGAAGGAGAGAAGAGGAGACGUCGUAGCGGUAACUGGAGAUGGAACAAAUGAUGCUCCAGCGCUGAAAGAAGCUGACAUUGGGUUGUCGAUGGGAAUCUCGGGUACAGAGGUGGCAAAAGAGAGUUCUGAUAUCAUUAUUCUGGAUGAUAACUUCACGUCGGUGGUCAAGGUGGUGCGAUGGGGUCGGUCGGUUUACUCCAACAUCCAGAAGUUCAUUCAGUUCCAACUGACUGUUAAUGUGGUGGCGCUCACCAUCAACUUUGUGGCUGCUGUGAGUUCAGGGCAUGUGCCUCUGACGGCAGUGCAAUUGCUGUGGGUGAACCUCAUCAUGGACACCAUGGGGGCCCUUGCGCUGGCAACUGAAGAUCCCACGGAUGAUCUCAUGGACAAGAAACCCAUCGGGCGCAAAGAUCCACUUAUCACCAACGUAAUGUGGCGGAACAUCUUCGGCCAAGCCCUCUAUCAGAUCGUUGUGCUCCUCGUGUUGACGUAUCGCGGAAUUGAAAUCUUGGGGCUGGAGGGAACGGAUGAGGAUAAGGUGCUGGAGAGGAACACCUUCAUUUUCAACGCCUUUGUGUUCUGUCAGAUCUUCAAUGAGAUUAACGCCCGACGGCCAGAGUCCUUCAACGUGUUCGAAGGCCUUCACAAGCACUUCAUGUUUAUUGGAAUCAUUGCGGUCACCAUCUUCCUCCAGGUCAUCAUCGUGACAUUCUUGAAUAACUUCGCAGAUACAACCAUGCUGUCCAUUAAGUGGUGGGGUCUGUGUGUGGCCAUCGGAUCUGUGUCGUGGCCGUUGGCGGUUCUUAUUAAAUGCGUGCCAGUACCCAAGUCGCCCAUUUUGGAAAUUUCGUGCUUUCCCAGCAGAACAUGUUUGGGGUUGAAGCGUCGAUCCAAAGCAGCCAAGCACUCUACUGACGACGAAAAUGAAAUUUCGUCCGAGACCUUGAAAACUAGUAAUCUACCAGUGGAUGAGCAGUUGAGAUUUAGAGGGAACAAUAAGAACAAGGACUCCGAGUUCGAUAGCAACGCAAUCGAUAUGCGAACAUGAUGACCAGUAUAUCGGUUGUCUACCAGAUCAGUCCGCAACAAUGGAUGGAAAGUUUCCAUUGUAAACUAAAAUUCUAAAAGGUUACCUUCCUUUUCACUUGUUCAAAGCAGUUUCGUAGCC